AUGCCUCUCACAAAGGAUGUCCUUCAUCCCCCUCCAGAAGAGAAAAAGAGGAAACAUAAGAAGCUCCUGGUGCAGAGCCCCACCUCCUACUUCACGGAUGUGAAAUGCCGAGGAUGUUAUAAAACCACCACGGUCUUCAGCCAUGGACAAACUGUAGUUCUGUGUUUUGGCUGCUCCACUAUCCUCUGCCAGCCUCCAGGAGGAAAAGCAAGGCUUACAGAAGGAUGUUCCUUCACGAGAAAGCAGCACUAA